AUGUUGUUCUUUACUCACAUCAUCACUCUGGCCUUGGCCUCUACUGCAAAUGCGGCAGCAAGUGGUUAUAGUACGGCACCAAACUGCUUCACGCUCAGGGGCAUUAACCCCAACGGAACCAGCCUGGGUGCUCUCAGAGUCGGCCAGUACUGGCUUGCCGACUACGUUGUCUACGGCGUCUUUUAUGACGAGACCGGGCAGCCCAACGUCGGGACCAAGUUCGGGGUCGACUCCCGCACCCGCCACCUGCUCGACCGCGACGCCGGCGAGGUCAACUUUGGGGUGCCGCACAACGGCCUGGUCGCCUCGGUACCCUCGGCGGGCUCCGGCUCCAGCUUUGUCUGGUUCGACACCAAGAACAGGACCGUCGAUCCCGAUGGGGCCGGCCGCGUGGCGCUGAACUGCCUCGUCGACAGCCACAGCCGCCUCACCUGCGCGCAUCCGACCAAGCCGGGGUACAAUGUUUUCCAUUUCUGCCCCGUGCCCGAGGGGGUGUCGGAUAUCUUCCCGGCGUUGUUGAUCGGGGCUGCUAGUGACAUUGCGGGUGCUAGCUUUUUCGAUGUGACUUGUUACCCAAUUACUGUUGCUGUGGUGCGCGCCCAAGGGUGUCUUGGCUAG